AUGAACCUGGCGGACACCUUUGUGGGCACGGUGCCAGCGGCGACAGGGCCACCAGCGGCUGUGUACGAAUCAUGGACCACGCAAGGUUUCAGAUUUUGCGUGCUUGAAAGAAGUCCUUGCGGCAACAAAGUGGCACUGCUCAAAACUGCUUUCGGCAAGCGAGGGCGUGCGGUACCGUUCGAGGAGAUUCACGUGGAUGGUGGUUGGGUUGGUGCUACCGAAGACUGGAUUCGCUUUCGAACCUGGCAAUCGCAGCCGCAAGCGACACGAAAACUGUUGUGA